CCCGCCGCGCUCCCUCAGUGCAGCCCGCAGCAGCGCUCCCUCCCCGUCCGGAUCUCAGCUCCUCUCCCAGACAUGGCCGCGAAAGUGUGCAGACUCCUGCUGUCCCGGAGCAGCGGCGCCGUGGCUUCGCCUUUCCCCGCGCUCGGUGUCUCCUCACAGCGGCAACACCAGCACACAGGGACGGAGACGCCAUCUGGGCCGUUUGUCCACCAGAGCGUGAGAAGAGGACACAGCCUGAGGGCUUCCAGCAGGGCACCAUUCUUCAGCCAGCCCAGGGCCUCUCUACCUCCCCAGGGCUGGAAGGGAACUCCGACAUGGCAGGUUCAGAGGCUGCUGUGCUCACCUGCUGCUUCAGAAGAGGUGACUGUGAUGUAUCAGAACAGCUUACCGGUGAUCUCGGUGAGGCUGCCGUCUCGGAGGGAGCGCUGUCAGUUUACUCUAAAGCCCCUCAGCGACAGCGUGGGCGUCUUCCUCCAGCAGCUGCAAACCGAGGACCGAGGUAUCGACCGAGUCGCUGUCUAUUCUACAGAUGGCGCGAGGAUAGCUUCCUCUACAGGGAUUGACAUUUUGCUCCUGGAUGACUUCAAGCUGGUCAUUAAUGACACCACGCAUCUUGUGCGGCCACCCAGAAGAGAGUUGCUAGCACAUGAGGAAGCGGAGCGGCUGAACGACGUGAAGCUUCUGGUACAGCAGCUCUACACUACUCUACGCAUAGAGGAGCAUCAGCUGAGCAAAGAAAGAGAGCUGAUUGGCCGACUGGAAGAUCUCAACUCCCAGCUUCGCCCGCUGGAAAAGGUGAAAGAGGAGCUGAGCAGGAAAGCAGAGCGUCGGACCACCUGGGUGCUGUGGGGAGGCAUGGCAUAUAUGGCCACCCAGUUUGGCGUGCUGGCACGGCUAACCUGGUGGGAGUACUCAUGGGAUAUCAUGGAGCCCGUCACCUAUUUCAUCACCUAUGGCACAGCCAUGGCCAUGUAUGCCUACUUUGUGCUCACACGCCAGGAGUACAUCUACCCUGAUGCCAGAGACCGACAGUAUCUCCUGUUCUUCCACAAGGGAGUGAAGAGGACACGCUUUGACGUUGAAAAAUACAACAAACUGAAGGGUGCUAUUGCUGAGGCCGAGUUGGACCUGAAGCGCCUGAGAGAUCCUCUCCAGCUGCAUCUCCCUAUCCAGCAGAUUACCACCAGCAAGGAUUGAUGUGAGGAAGUGAAAGCCUCCCUUCCUCCUUCCCUCUUUCCUUCUCCCUGCUCUCUCCUUUCCUCUUCCCCUUUUCCCUCUCCCUCUUUCAGCAACUCUUCUUUCAUUUUUUUUUUUUUGGGGGGGGUUCCCCUACCACCUCUUUCAAUUUUUUUCCCCUUUCUGACAUGGAGUUUUAAAAAAAAAAAAAUACUGCUGUUUUUAUGUUCUAUAAUUUGGUUUUGAAACCUGCUUUAAACAUGGUGAGUCAAAGUAGAGGAGGAGGGGAUGGAAUGAAAUCCAAAACGAAAGAGAACAACACCUGAAGCCCCUCUGCUGGAGGUGCUGGAGGGCAAAGUUGCUAGUUGUGCCUGCAGACCUGUGCACUCUGGUUAACACUACAGGAGCACGGAGAGAACAGCAGCAGCCUGCAGGAAGCUCCUGAUGCCGAACAGGAAGUGACCUCUGGGUACGGACACAAUAUCUCCCAGACAUGCUGAACAAACAGCACAUGUAGACACAUGCUCUGUGGUUCAGCACCCCGGAAACAAACUUUCAAAAUAAAAAACCUCUAAAGACCUAUUUUUUACAGUGGAGUUGUAUAUCUGGCACAGGAAAGAUCUUUGGGCUUUUUUUUUUUUUUUCCAGCCCUGGACAUUGUUGUUGGGGGACCAUCAGAUGCAGGAGAGCUAUUUUUGACCCAACGUCCCUGCGCGGAGCAGAGUUGUCCUCUGUCUCCCUGUCCCCUCCUGUCCUUUAGUGGCCAGGACUCUGGACCGCUGCCGCAUCUCCCUGUCUCUCCAGUUGCAUCCUUAGCAUGACGGACAUGCUCUGCUGUGCAAAUUACAGAGCUAUAACAGGAGUUUAACCACAUUGCUGCUAAGUAUGUACAAGGAGAAGAAGGGGUCACGUGAUAAGCGUCACUUCCUGUACAGACCUGUUGCAAGCUGCAGACCAGAGAUCUACCGGCUAAACAUCACUGUGUGUUCAAUUAUUACAAAAAUUAAAAAAAAAAAUUAAAAAAAAAAAGAGAAAGGAAAAACUACAAAAACAAUUUUGGCACUUUUUAUUUUGAAAGCCAUAAUAUUAUAUUAUAUUAUAUUAUAUUUGUUAUGAUGAGUGAGGAAAUGAUCUAGCCUUUUUCUUUCAUAUUGGUGGAGGAAUUUUUUUUUUUUUUUAACCUGACAUCUUAUGUCAGCGUAAGAUUUGCGUUCCACGUCAUUACACCAGAUCAGGCCGUUGUCGUCAUGGUAUGUGCAGCUCCUGUUAUUAAUAUUAAAAAAAAUGUUACCACGCUUAACAUGCACACACAGUUUCAUUACGAAUGCAGUCUACGAAUGGUGACGGUGAAUUAGUCCACAUACGCGCCUUUCGCUUUGAAACCUGUGGAGAUUAACAGAGGAUUACAAAAGUGACAGAUUCUGUGCCAGAAAACUGUUACCCACAGUGCCUCACAGCACCUGGUGCAGCAUGCUGAUCAGGGCGCUCCUAUUCCCCUGUGCAGCCACGUUCUGGUCUCGCAGCCUCAGCCCCUAUGAGCCAGACCCAUCCAUCCUUCAAGACAUAGCUGGGCUGUUUAUUGUAUCAUACGAUUGUGUAAAAAAAAAUAAAAAUUCAGAGACAAAAUCAAGCUGCACAGCUCCUGCGUAUGCCAAGAAUGUAGAGCCGUGUAAUAUAUUAGAUCCUAGGCUUAGUUGGUUUCUCGCACAAUUUUUCGGCAUGCUGUAGCGCGUGACUUUUGCAUCCUUUCAUCGAGAACAUGGCGUCUUUAAAGGAACAGGCUUUAGAGCAUUCUGAAGUAGUAAAAUCUGUGAAUGGGAUAUUGGCCUGCUUCGAUACGCACAUUUUUUUUUUUUUAAACACUUUAAUUUGUUUCAUAUAUACAAGAAGAUGUACGGUAAAUGCAUUUCUUCUGGACAUGGUGCUCUGUUCAAAGUUGAGUAAGAAUCGCGUCAUGGCUCAUAUUUGUGUCUCAGAUGAAUCUGUACGCAUUACUGUACCUUCAGAGGGUUAUGGUACUGUAUAUGGAUCCUUCAUUCAGCCAAGGCGUGCUGCAGAUGCCUCGUAUCUCGAAAAAGAAAGCGGUUUGGCUAUACGCCAAGGUGUCCACGUACAUCGUUAUACAGAAAAUGUAUAGAGAAUACGUCACGUUUCAGAAGAUAUAUAAAAAUGAAGAGCGUUUACGUAACGAGUUUUCUUGCUUGCUCGGACAUACUGAUAUUAAGAUAUAUUUAAAAGCCUCGCCAUUUCUCUUGCAGUAAUAUUUCGAUGCCGAAUGCUGCAUGUUGGCCUUGUGUGCUGUAAAUGAGAAUCCCCCCCCCUCCCCCUUAGCUAUUACCUUCUCCUGUCAUGCAGUCCAUGCCUCCAGGCAGUCACAGCACCCAUGUCCAGUGGCUCAACAUGGCGAAGUGAGCUAAAGGACCGUCUGAAUCCUUCAGAACAGUGCUGUCUGAUGUAAUACAUGGCUUACUUAUUCAAUCAGCGAAAUGUCCUACAUCGUACACGUCUGGAAAUAUGUCACCCUGAUCUGAAGGGACGUGUCUCGCAAAGUUUGACAUUUAUAGGAAGGAAAAGCACAAUCCUAGUAUCAAUCCUAGAAAGGCCACAUCUGAAUAAACAAGCUGAAAUCGAGUUGUUGCGGAGGCAACUAGCCUGCAUACGAGUGUUGGUGAAUGGUUUAGGAGACCGCUGUAGACUAGAGCAUGAUGAUAAAACUGAAGCUAUCGCAGGUAGCUCGAUAAAUGCUUCUAUAUUUCACGAGGAAGAGGUUUCGCUGCUCUCAGCUGUCAUUACGCAAAGUUUGGAACGCCGGCACGGUACGAACGCAUCAUCGAUUAUACAGCUUCGUCAAUAAGGACAGGCUGAUUGGCAGCGUAACCGUUUUUGUACGACUCCAAUUUCCAUCCAUACCGUAUCGGUGCUGAUCAAUAUGAGCGAAUCAAUCCUUUCCCGUGCCCCUCUCGGCCUCUUGUCCUCAUAGCGUCAAUAAUCAUAAAUCCUUGUAUGCUGUUGCACGCGCAGAGGGAGGGCAAGGACGGUGUCUGAAAAACACUUCCUGGAACGACCUGCAAAGCUGAUACCAAAAUCAUCGUCACGGUUCAAUGCCUCAGUCUUUAUCACCAUUGAGCAUUUUUACUUUUGUGUGUUUUCUCUAUCAGGGUUUGCCUUUUUUUGGUUUGCCUUUUAUUUUUUACAAGACUAUGUGUAAUUAUAUGGAUCUUAUUCUAAAGCGGGUGUUGCAUGAAUGUAAUGUUUACAUAGGGAAAUUAUAUCCAAAAAAAAAAUUACCUAAAAAGCUGCAAAGAUUACAGAAUUACUGGUUUGUCGGAUUAAUGCAGUUUUAUUUCCCUCCAUAUGCUUUGAGACUGCCCUGAAUGAUGGAUAGGCAGCCCACGUCCAGCCACGCUUCACUUUUUCCUCUUUUUCUCUCUCGCUCUCUCUCUCUCUCUCUCUCUCUCUCUCCAUUUAUAU